AGGAGCGGUCAGCCGCCUGCCGUGCCCUCCACAGCGUCCUCCAGGACUUCUGCCGGAGACAGAAUACGUUUUUCCCUCGGGUGUAUAUUGUGAGCUGUUCUGGGCGUCCUGCCAAGCGUAGCUUUGGGGGUAAGCGCGGCUCGGGUGCAUUUCCCGUCUCACUAUUCGCAAAACUUGUGGCCCAAGAAAACUUCCAGGUCGCCAGCAGCAACGUCACUAGAGAGCCCCAGACGCUCGUCGGAGAGACAGCCCCGGAGCGUGCCCGCCACCCACCCUCGCCCUGGGCGGCGGCCCGGGUCGCCGCCCUGCCCGCGGCUCCACCGCGGAGAGGCUAGGCGCGGCAGGCGGCGGGAGCGGGGCGCGCGGCCUUCGGGCUCUGUGUGUCUCCCGCCCCGCCCCGGGAAGUCCCUUGGGCCCGCGGUGUGCGUAGGCCAGUGCCUGUGCUAUCCCGGUACCGGGUAAGUGCCAGGGGAAGUGACAAUUACCCUCAUCUUCGUCGCAGAGUCUCGCGCCUGGAAGCUAAAGGCAGAUUUCUCUGGAGAUAACAAAGACACUUUGUCACUUUGGGAGCUGCCUCGGUGCAAAUCUUUAAUUGCAAGUGGGAGUGGGGGAAGACGGAGAUCGAGUGUCUCAAGCAAGCUAAGCGCGGGUCUCCAGGCGGCAAGGCACCCUUUGAUCAGGAAAAUCCAAUUAUUUGUGUAUAUACAUUUCCCACAUAGUGAUUACUUCAUUAAUUGUCCCGCCUUUAUCUCCUCCCUUCCCAUCCCCCCUAAUAAUCAGUUCUUUUAUCCAGACCAACAAACACACCAUAGGAGCUUUGUGGAUUCAAAGGAUUUGCUUUCGCUUCUGAAAGAGCCGCUAUUCUUUGAUGAUUGGGUAGCGGCAAACUUCAAAGCCAUAAAUCUUCCCUCUGACUGGCUGGCGGCCCAGCAAAGUCCUUAUCAAAUUCUUGGAGGUGAUCCUGAAGCGCUCAGACCGCGCGCGGAGCGAGCAAGCGGGGUGCGGCAAGGGACACAGGCGGGGAGGGCCUCGGCGCGCGGAGGGGGCGCCGGGGAGGGACGCCGGGUGGCUGUUCGCCCUCGUCUUCGGGUCUCCAUGCCUCGGCAGCGCCCAGCUCCGCAGCCAAGGGCCAGAAAGCUGUAGCCAUGGCCGCCGUGGCUGUCCUCCGGAACGACUCGUUGCAGGCCUUCCUUCAGGUCAGAGCUGGGCUCGGAGGGGGCGAGGGAAAUGCGGCAACGGUCGUGUCCGGAUCUCUCCUGGUACUCUGUGCGCCCUAAAUCUCUAAGAGAUCCUGGGUCGGUGGAUGCUUCUGCAGUCAGACCUCGGGGUGCCCAAGCCAACUUCACACCUAACCUGGUGUCAAGAGUGUGGCCUUUGGGAGUUAGGACGCGCAGAUUCGGGAGCUUUUCGGACUCCCGCGUCUGGCUUACAACAGGGCCUGCGCGCUCACUGCUGGGCCCUCCUGCUAAUUUCAGCCUGGGACCAGCAGGGAAGAGCGCUAGACGACCGCGGAAAUGGGAGCUUGAGAGAUGGGAGGGAAGGCGGCUGGGCAGCCGGGUUGUGGGUGUUUCCAAACCUGUCCUGACCGCGGAGCCGGAGAAGGCCCGUCGAAUCCCUGUCCUCUCCUACUUUGUGCUUGCUUCCUCUGAGGCUGGAAGGACCGCACCCCCAGCGCCUCCCCGGACCUGGGAAAACACUCGCCCCUGGCGCUGCUAGCCGCCACCUGUAGCCGCAUCGGCCAGCAGGGAGCUGCGGCGCCCCCGGACUUCCUGCAGGUGCCCUACGACCCCGCGCUGGGCUCGCCCUCCAGGCUCUUUCACCCUUGGACCGCAGACAUGCCCACUCAUUCUCCCGGCGCGCUGCCGCCCCCGCACUCCAGCCUGGGGUUGACGCCGCAGAAAACACACCUGCAGCCGUCUUUUGGGGCGGCGCACGAGCUGCCGCUCACACCCCCUGCUGACUCCUCGUACCCCUACGAGUUCUCACCGGUCAAGAUGCUGCCCUCGAGCAUGGCGGCGUUGCCCGCCAGCUGCACACCUGCCUACGUACCCUACGCGGCACAGGCCACGCUACCGCCUGGCUACUCCCACUUGCUGCCCCCACCUCCGCCUCCACCGCCGCCCACGUGUCACCAGCUGUCCCCUAACCCGGCCCCGGACGACCUCCCGUGGUGGAGUAUCCCGCAGGCGGGCACCGGUCCGGGAACCUCUGGGGUUCGGGGGGGCAGCCUCUCCGGCGCCUGUGCUGGUGGCUCCCACGCGCCCCGCUUCCCCGCCUCGGCGGCUGCCGCCGCCGCCGCCGCCGCCGCCCUGCAGCGGGGCCUGGUGUUGGGCCCGUCGGACUUCGCGCAGUACCAGAGCCAGAUCGCUGCGCUGCUGCAGACCAAGGCCCCCCUGGCGGCCACGGCCAGGAGGUGCCGCCGCUGCAGGUGCCCCAACUGCCAGGCGGCGGGCGGCGCCCCGGAGGCAGAGCCAGGUAAGAAGAAGCAGCACGUAUGUCACGUGCCGGGCUGCGGCAAGGUGUACGGCAAGACAUCGCACCUGAAGGCGCACCUGCGCUGGCACACGGGCGAGCGGCCCUUUGUGUGCAACUGGCUCUUCUGCGGCAAAAGCUUCACGCGCUCAGAUGAGCUGCAGCGGCACCUGCGGACUCACACCGGUGAGAAGCGCUUUGCCUGCCCAGAGUGUGGCAAGCGCUUCAUGCGCAGCGACCACCUCGCCAAGCACGUCAAGACGCACCAGAAUAAGAAGCUCAAAGUUGCUGAGGCCGGGGUCAAGCGGGAGGACCCGAGGGACCUGUGAGCCCACCAGGGUGACUAGGUCUCUCACGCUUUGAAGUCCCUAGCACCUCUUCUGGGAGGUUCUGGGGGCCUGUGAGUAUCUGGUAGAGGACACCCGACAGGGACCGUUUGCCUUUCCUCUGCCCACCUACCAAAGCGACGCCAGGCUCCCAAGCUUCCCUGGCCAGGGACAGGUAGAGCUCUGUGUCACUCAAAGGCGGUUUGAAGCCCUGAACCAUUCCCAUCGUCUGGGAGAACUACAUUUUGGGGGAACCACCCCGUGCUGGCAUUGUAUAUAGGAAAUGCGUUAAAACGAAGGAACCUCGGGGAAUUUGAAAUAGUGCUCGGGUUUUUGUUGUUUUUUGCUAGGACCGGGCCUGGCUUUGUACAGAUUAUUUAAUAGCUUUGUUAAAGAUUAAUUAUAAAAACUGUAACAUUAAUAAAAUGUUACCUUUGUCUUUAGCUCCAUGCAGAGCUACAGCAUGAAAUGUCUCUGUAAAGCAAUCAGUUGCAGUGUGAAAAUAAAUAAGUUAAUUCCGGGGUCAUCUCGGGAAGACCCGGCUGAGCCGGUCUCGUUUGAUCUUUUCUUCUGGGGGAGCUUUACAAAGCGGUCAGGUUUCAUUGGCAAGACCGUUCCUGUGUCAGAAGCUGCUUUAGUUUGGAAGGUCCUCUGGCAAGCGUGCUGGGUACAUGGAUGAAGUAGGGCGGGGUCAGUUUUGUGGUACAGAGGGCAGGUAGGGCAAGGUUUUCCAGCUACACUUUGAGUUUCUCAAGCGGCCUCAGGACUUGACCAGACACUUUCUAGCGUCUCUUAAAAGUUUGGUGCCUGUUGACAGUAAAUUCUUUUUAUCUGGCGAUUUACCUGUGCUUUCUAUUUGGUAUUCUCCGGGGCAGAAGACUCCCUCGAGCUGUGCUUCCUCCCGGUUGCUGGUUGUGUCUGGAGGGAUGCCAGAGACUCCAGGAUCUGUUCACAGAUGAGACUUGGGAGAGUUACAGAGAAACGGGGGGCCCUUGUUCAGGUUGGUCUUUGCCCAGGGAAGAAGCGUCGGUCCUGUAUCUCAGCCCCCUCAUGAUGUACAGCACUGUGUUGCUUGUUUUCUUCUUAAUCAUUUUGCUUUGGAAAUCCUAAAUCUUGCUUCACAAUAGCCACUUAGGGAUUCGUGGCCAGACCUGGAAGGUUAGUUUCAUUUUGUAUCUUGGGAUUUUACUUUCUUAAUCAUUGAAGUAGACUAGGAUUUUCUCAGGGAGGAGCCAGGAAUACUCACAUAUCUUCAUUUCUUGCCUGUCUCUAAAAUUUGAAGUUUUCAAGUGUUCUUUUUUUCAAGUGUCUCAACUCAGCUGGCUCCUAGAUGUUCUAAUAUUUGAGUUUUUAAGCCUGAAACUUAAAUCCUAAUUUUCUGAUUUAAAAUUAGCAAAGAACAGAAAAUGUUUUAAAUUUUGUUAAUAUGUUAAUAUGGUAUAAUUUAUGCCAAAUUUCAGUGGAACUGAAUAAUCUUCUCAUGGUAGUAGAAAUGAAUAAAAAAUUGAUAAGAUUUCACAGUUUACAAACUGCUGUUACCUUCCUUUUCUUUGAAGCCAUAUUGAAGGGUAAGGUCUUAAAGCUGGGAGAGUUGUACUUGAGACUUACUGUAUUAAGUAAAAUGUAAACAACAUAAUUGAAAUAAAAAUUACUUUUAUACUCCUAAGAAAUAGCAUUUUUACUUGUUACUUGGAACUAGGUAGUAAAUGAAUAUUAGAAUCAUUGUGGAGAUAAGCCUUAUUAGAACCAGUUACUCUCAUUAGAGGUUUUGGAACUAUUUAAUGACAAAUUAGAUUGUGAGCCUUUAGGGUUCUUUAUCCAGGAAGGGACAGUUUGGGUUAGCUAAAUU